CGGAGCAAAGGGGAAAGAAGCCAAACGACGUAAAAAUCUCAUCACUCACCGAUAUGUGCACUCGAUUCGAUUGCACAAUUGGGAAAUCGGUUUUUAAGAAAACAGGGAAUCAGAAAAACCUACUAUAUUUAUACACAUUCUCACAUGUUAUAUCCCGUGUAGCGUCGGAGAAAGAGAGAAUCAGUUGCCGCGGGGGCGGAACUGGAGACACACAGAUUCACCUACACGGCAACCUUCCUUUUACUAUCUGUACCUUCAAGCUUCUCUUGCUUCUGGCUUACUUUCGCUUUCACCGCCGUCGGAGACGGAUUAUUCAAAAACCAGUGCUGUUUUUUUACGCAUAAAGUCGCUCGCACUCCGAACGUAAAUCAGAGUAUUGGUUUUUCGUUAUCUCUUAUUCCCUUGGGUUUAGAACGAUUUCUUUGUAUGCGCAUUUAGCCGGAAACAAAUUUCCCUCCCCAUUGUAUCCUCUACACGUCCGAAGCGUUUGAACUCGAUGGAUUUAUAUUAAACCCUGGCAGAUACCUUAUCCUAAGGCUUGAAUUGAUGGGAAGGGGAGGGAUUCCGUCAAUUGAUGACAAAAGAGAUAGGCUUUUCUCAAUCUCUGAUUUGGGGUCUCCAUCUCCAUGGGGUAUUCAAGAUGGCUAUUAUCCACCCGGAGGCUUAUUUGCCAGCGUGAAUCAGAUUGGAAUGGGGUUUGGCGCUCAACCCAGCUCUUCUGAUUCCCCCAACAAUGGCGACGAAAAACUUCCCUAUGCUGAAUUGUUCGUGAAGUAUGUGCAGUCACUGGGCAAAGUUGAGAAUGAUGGAGUAAAGGCAGAGGAAAGGAAUAAAAGCCGGAAGAAGGGUGGUCUUCAACUGAAAAUUAAGAUCAGAAAUCCUUCGCUAAGGAGGUUAAUUAGUGGCGCCAUAGCUGGGGCCGUGUCCCGGACCGCAGUGGCACCUUUGGAGACUAUAAGGACUCAUUUAAUGGUUGGAAGUAGCGGCCAUUCUUCUACUGAGGUGUUCGGCAAUAUUAUGAAGACUGAUGGCUGGAAGGGAUUAUUUAGGGGUAAUCUCGUUAAUGUGAUUCGGGUUGCACCUAGCAAGGCCAUAGAGCUAUUUGUUUACGAUACCGUCAACAAGAAUCUAUCCCCAAAGCCCGGGGAACAGCCAAAACUCCCUGUAUCUCCAUCAUUGCUUGCGGGCGCCUGUGCAGGAGUUAGUUCUACUAUAUGCACAUACCCGCUUGAGUUAGUCAAGACUCGUUUAACUAUUCAGAGAGGUGUUUAUGACGGUUUGCUUGAUGCAUUCUUAAAAAUAAUUCGUGAUGAGGGCCCUGGGGAACUUUAUCGAGGCCUUGCUCCCAGCCUUAUCGGAGUGAUUCCGUAUUCUGGUACCAAUUACUUUGCCUAUGACACUCUGCGGAAAGCAUACCGAAAAAUUUUUAAGCAAGAGAAGAUUGGCAACAUCGAAACUCUCUUGAUUGGCUCAGCAGCUGGUGCUAUUUCAAGCAGCGCUACUUUUCCUCUCGAGGUGGCUCGCAAGCAUAUGCAAGUGGGAGCUCUUAGCGGAAGGCAAGUUUACAAAAAUGUGAUUCAUGCUCUUGUAAGCAUACUCGAGCAAGAAGGGAUUCCGGGUUUAUAUAGAGGGUUGGGACCAAGCUGUAUGAAGUUAGUACCAGCUGCUGGAAUCUCUUUCAUGUGCUAUGAAGCGUGCAAGAGAAUACUGGUUGAGGCAGAUGGUGAGGAAUAGCCAUGAGAGGCAGAAUUGCAUACUUCUAUUUUUUGCCCCAGGUGGAAUUGCAUGCUUCACGCGUUCGUCUUAUUUAUUUUGCAUCUUCUUUUAAUAAAAUAACUGCAUCUUUUUUCCCCCAGCUUAUUUUCUCCAAGCAAUUGAGGGUGGAUUAUUGGUUUCGCAAGUUAUCUAUAUUUUUACCACUUGACACUUAUAGUCAGUUUUGGCAUUAUCCCGGCUAUGAUGGUUUUGCUUUAGGUGUUACUUGUCACCUAUUCUCAUAUUCUUUCAUGCAUUGUGACUAGUCAGUUUUGGUAGGG